UUUUUCUCGUUUCUUCAGUUUAUUUUUGUAUACAUUUUGGACUUUUUUCUUAUCAUAUAUAUCGAACCCAAAAGACCUGACGGAAAGCUGUCUGUUCUUCUUCGCCCGAGUCAAAUCUGCAGAUCGGUUUAGUGCGGAUCCAUCACGCGACAGCAACAUGGCUCAGCUUCCUUCAAAAUUGCCCUUCUCCAAAAAACGUCUUAGGGCUCGUAUUAUCAUCUCAUAUAUUCUUGACUAUGUAUUCAUCAUUGGAUUUGCUGUCGGGUUUUGGGCAUUAGACGCCAUCGAGCCCUAUCAUCAACAUUUCAGCCUUGAAAACAAAAGUCUCCAGUAUCCAUUUGCCGUCAAAGAGCGGAUUACCAUACAGGAGGCGUUACUCAUCUCAAUAGUAUCACCUUUAGUGAUUAUUGUUCUCUAUUCCUUAUUGAUUGAUGGUCUCUUCUCACACCACAAGACAUUAGUCGAUGGAUCCGGUCGAAGGAAAUUGACUGGUCCAUACAGACUGAAAGAUCGUCUGUGGGAACUCAACUGUGGCAUUUUGGGUCUGUUGCUUUCUCAAGGGCUGGCCUUUGUGACUACGCAGAUCCUGAAGAACGCUUGUGGGAAACCGAGACCGGAUCUUAUUGAUCGUUGUCGGCCGGCGCCUGAUAGUCACGACCAACCGGUCUUUGGACUUUCGAAUUCGACGAUUUGUACGGGGGAUCCCGCUCUUAUCAAGGAUGGGUUUCGAUCCUGGCCUUCGGGACAUAGUAGCUCCUCCUUUGCCGGAUUGUUCUAUCUCUCGCUCUAUCUAAGCGGAAAAAUGCACAUCAUGGACAAACGCGGCGAAGUCUGGAAAGCAAUCAUUGUCAUGGUGCCUAUUCUUGCCGCUACACUGAUUGCCGUGAGUCGCAUCAUGGAUGCUCGCCACCAUCCAUUUGAUGUUAUUACUGGUUCUUUGCUUGGAGUGUUUACUGCAUGGGCAUCGUAUCGGCAAUACUUCCCGUCUCUUUCGGAGCCGUGGAAGAAAGGCAGGGCAUACCCAAUUCGGAGCUGGGGGUCGGAACCCAGAGUACCAGCUGGUAUAGCCUAUUCAGGAACCCCUGAUAACGAUGAUACUGUCCCACUUCGCGACGGCGCUGCUGAAUCAUCCUAUGCUCAAGCACGGAAGGCAGAUCCCGGUCAGGAAUUCUCGUUGGCUCCUCAAUCGCAACCCGUCACGCCCGGAGUAGUAUACCGCAAUAAACACCGAGAUCGUGAUGAAUAUUCAGCUUCGUCUAGCGAAGAUGAUAUCGGAGCGUACGAGAUGACUCGACCGGGAGAGAGAGGACGGGCCAAUCUACGGGCGAAUCAACCAUACGAUACUGCGUAUUAUUCCCCAGGACGAUCAGCGAGUCCGGGCAAUAAUAUUGAGAGGGGAGUGGAGCCUCGUCAUCUCGCGGGCGAGUUUUGAAUAUACAUGUUUGAUAUUUGGAUUUUGUGGCAAAUAGGUAGCAUAUGAGCAUUGUUUAACAAGCGUAUGGGCAUCGAACGAACUGUAUUUCGUGAUUGGUACAUGAAUAUGAUUAUACUCUAUUCACGCUGAGGAUAAAAUGCAGGAGGGCUGGUGCAGAGGGUAAGCUACCCGGGACCAGAAAGCAAGUCACGCACCAACCGUAAUAAGGGAGACGCCUUAUUUCAUAUCAUACUCUAGACUAGAUGAUAAAAAUAUAUACGUAGUAGUUAG